AAACUUUGGCAAGGGGGGAGAUCUGAAAGAGGGAACGAUAUCCUGUUCGAAUUCAUUCCCUUUUGUCUAUUAAAUAGGAUUACACAAUGAAAAGACGGACAACGAUUCAAAAAGUUAGAAACCGCUGAAUGCAACGCUGGUGAUGAAACGAAGAUAGCUGCGGCGGCCGUCGUCCGGAUAAGAUCAAAUCAAUCACUGUUGUAAGACACAUUUCAUAAUAUGUGAAAUAUCCAUAAGACCUAUUAACGAAAAAAAGUAAAUAAAUAACGAUCUUUAAAUAGCGUGCGUAUCAUGCGCUCGUACUAAUAAGAGAGGCAUUUAUUAAGUUUUUGUAUACCGGCGCCACCCACGCCCUUUGCAGUCAACAAGUGGCUGCUCCUCCCCACCCACUCUCCACUACCCCUGCCGACUGCUUCCAGAGACCUGACACUGUUUAACUUUUUCCGUUUCUACCGAUCCACGUGACUUGCCCGGUGUGUUGCCUCGGAAAGCCGGUGUUUUCCUUUAAUAAAUAAAUAAAUAAAAAUAAAGGAUGCAAUGGAAACCAACUACCUAGUAGCACUGUGCUAUUUCUUCGUUCAAACUGUGUUUGUGUGUGUCGCCCUCACCCCAGUCAUUCCCAACCUGUAUUCUUUCAUAGACACGAGGGACCCGAGUCCCAUGCAACGCGUGGUCGUCUUCAACAAAACACGUGAAGUGUAUGUGGGUGCGCGAAAUUCCAUCUACCAUUUCGAUAGCGAUUUGCGUCUCAAGGAUAAAGUGUCCACGGGACCCAAAUUGGAUAACAUCAAUUGCCUCCAUCCUUCCUAUCCCUGUGAAGAGCAUCAGAAGAAACCCACGGAUGACGACACUAGGAUAUUGGACGUUAUUCACCAUCCCGAUCUGCCACUCCUCUUGUCUUGUGGCACCCUCUACCAAGGUUUGUGCCAAGUGAGACCCUUACUGGACAUGGCUUCCAACCAUUUCAGUUGGGUCAAACCUUACAAUGAAACCGUGGGAUUUACGGCCGGUCGCGAAUCUACGGUGGCUUUCUUGACCAAUGGAUACGGCGGUAACCCUUCUCUUUUUAGUGCGGUCACUUACGACGAUCGACCUCUGGAAUACACCCCUGAUUCAGUGUCCAGCAAAGUUCUGGUCACUCGAGAUGACGGAUUUGCGUGGGAGUACAGUCACAGUUCCGAUGUCACCUUUACUGGAGUUAAUUUUGAUAAUAACUUUAAACCAAACUACAAGGUAGAAUAUAUUACAGGUUUUGCUUACGAGGAUUUUGCCUAUUUCUUGACUACUCAGAGAAUAUCUAUUGAGUCUGAGAAUUAUGAGACACGGUUGGUAAGGGUGUGCACUAAAGACAGCGCCUUCUUCUCGUAUACCGAGGUGCCCAUCAAGUGUCAGUAUGGCCUCGAGGUGUACAACUUGGCCACUGCAGCCCACCUGGGCGUUGUGGGUCCCCAGCUGAAGCGUAGGCUCAAACUUGAUAAAAAGGUCGACGUUCUGUUUGUGUCAUUCAUCAAAACAUUGCCAGGACAUGCUGCUACGAUGGACAACUCUAAAGGUUCGGUCAUCUGUUCUUUCCCCAUGUCCACCAUUAUUGAUUCUUUCACCAACGCCACGAGAGAUUGCUUUAAAGCUGAACCACGGACACACCUUUUGAAACACGUGACUGGGAUUGAUUUGCCCUGCAACCAACAGGAAGACUUCGUUGUAAAUGAUGACUUCUGUGGAUCAGGCCUGAAUCACUACAUAGCUGGUCGUGAAUCAAUACCCGGAGGAUUCAGGACCCAUAUAGAGAACCAUGUUACGUCCUUAGCCACCACUUUGCAAGAGGGAAAAACAGUGGCUGUUGCUGGUUCAAUCACGGGACAUGUCUAUAAGGUUAAUUUGGAGAAAACGAAUAAACCGAACUGCUUACUGUAUGUGAAAAAUAUUUCUGAUCAAGAAAUUCAAAAAUCUAAUGCUUUUGAUCCCAGCCAUGAAAAUAUUUAUUUCCUAACAGGCAACAUGGUGGUUAAGUUUCCGGUUGGUUCCUGUUCAUUGUAUACGGACUGUGGCAGCUGUUUGAGUACAGAGGAUCCUCUAGGGUGCGGAUGGUGUGGUGACCACUGUGCACACGUCAGUGAGUGUGACAGGCCGGACACAAGGACCACGAACUCAUGCUCUCCAAUCAUUCACCAAGUGAGUCCUGUCCGUGGACCGACAGAAGGUGGAACUGUGCUGACUAUUUUGGGCGAUAAUUUUGGGUCAUCUUACAGUGGAGAACUGAACUCUAAAAUAUUGAUCAAGGUGGCUGGAUAUCCAUGUGAAAUCAUUUUGUGGGAGAAGGAAAAGAUAAAAUGCAAGACCUCUGCUGUACAAUUAAGUAUAUCGGGACCAGUUGAAAUAGAUGUGGCUGAUCUAUCAUGGAGUCACGGCCAAUACGACAUGAAAGGAAUCGCCCACAGCUCUAGAAAUUUUUCUUACGUUAUACCAAAACUAUAUGGCGUCUAUCCGAGCAAAGGUCCAGUUUCAGGGGGCACGAACAUUACUCUUUUUGGUCAGCAGCUAAACGUUGGUUCUUCAUACAGCAUUAUUGUUGCUCGGACACCCUGUGUAGAUGUGAGAGUGAGUGAAAAUUUUGUAUGGUGCAUCACUGGCAACCUAAGUCCCGCUAAUCUGGUCCCUCUGAGGGGUCCAGUUGAAAUGUUGAUUGACGAUUCAGUUAUCGAAGUGGAAGCUGAUAUGAGAGUCGAUAAUGAUGUGCCACUUUCAAAAGAUUUCUCAUAUUUACCAGAUCCAGAAAUAUUUCGAAUAAUUCCACAAGUUACAACCAUAAGUGGCACAGUGAACCUCACAGUGAGUGGACGUUAUCUGGACAGUGUGGCCGAACCUAAAAUUAAAGUUAUUGUUGUCUCCCCCCUCACUGGAAAGAAAUUAGAGUUUGAUCAAGCUUGUUGGGUGAUGGUUAACUCCAAUGGAUCCAAGAUGCAUUGCCUGACACCUGCCCUGCGCGGUCAUUCUGAGUUACAUGCCCCCACUGAGCGGGCACCCUUGGUCGCUCACAUAGCUUUUAUGAUGGAUGGUGUGGAGGCAUUGAGGGAUUUCCCCUUUCGUCAAAAAGAAUUGUCAAAGCUGUAUUAUUAUCCAGAUCCUGAGUAUGAACCAUUUGAUGGGAUACAAACAGUCUUAUAUGAUCAGACCCUCCUUGAAAUUAAGGGUAAAUACCUGGGGCUAGCUCAUAGACCAUCAGAUGUGAUUGUAACUAUAGGUGGUAAAUUAUGCAAUAUUACCACAAUCUCUUCAGAUAAAAUCUUCUGUGAAAUACCAGCGGAAUUGAUUCACACAACAAAGAACGAAUCAAAGUUUUCUGUUGAGGUAUCUGCAGGAAGUAUUCGAACUCAACUAGGGUACAUCCGAUUGGAAGAACGUGGAGUGAGCACGACUACAGUUGUUGUACUGACUGUUGGAGUGAUAUUCGUAUGCAUUGUGGCAUUUGCUAUUUAUGUGUAUUGGAAGAAAUCAUACCGUGAGAAAAAGUAUCCUGGAUACAUUGUUGCAUACACUGCAGAUAGAAUAAACACCUCUAAUGGCAACACAUGUGGUGCCCCCAGACAAGAAUGCAGUAGUACUAAUGAUUAUCAUGACAUGAGAGGCCAAACUGCCAUCAAAGAAAUCAACAGAGAGCUUACUGUUGAUGAAGAAACCCGGCGUCUCUUGGAGUCUGAGAACAUUCUUCUGCUCAGAGAACAUCUAAAGCUGGCUGAAAUUAUUGGCGUUGGCCAUUUUGGUUGUGUAUACAAAGGAGAAUUGCAGCUGAAAGACAAAGGAGAAUCAAAGAAAGUAGCUGUUAAAACAUUACAUAACAGUUCCACCACCAUAGAACAGGAUAUUGAAGCUUUUUUACAAGAAGGUUUGAUGAUGAAAGAUUUCCAUCACCACAAUGUCCUCACUCUUGUGGGGGUGUGUUUUGAUGAAGGGGGAGAACCUAUGGUUGUUAUUCCCUACAUGAAGCAUGGGGAUCUCUUAUCUUACAUUCGCAACGAAGAACAUACACCUACUGUGAAAGAUCUUCUAACAUUUGGAGUUCAGGUUGCUUCUGGAAUGGCUUAUUUGGCUGAAAUGAAGUUUGUUCAUAGAGACUUGGCUGCGAGAAAUUGCAUGUUAGAUGAGGAUAUGACUGUAAAAGUGGCUGACUUUGGAUUGUCUAGGGACAUUUAUGAACGAGACUACUACAGCAGCGAUAAUAAGAAAACUAAGCUGCCUGUAAAAUGGAUGGCACCAGAGAGUUUAGAGAAAGGAACUUACACCACAAAGACUGAUGUUUGGUCUUUUGGAGUGUUACUGUGGGAGUUGAUGACAAGGGGAGUUAGCCCUUAUCCUGAUGUGGAUAACUGGGAUAUCAUACAUUAUCUUAAAUCUGGAAGGAGGAUGCCACAGCCUUCAUACUGCCCAGAUCUCUUGUAUGAAAUCAUGUUGGGAUGUUGGAAUGAGGAUCCCAAGGUGAGACCCUCAUUCGUGCAAUUGGAGGAAAGAGUAGGGGAUGUCAUUACAACGCUUCAAAAGAAGAUCAAACAAAAGACUGUUGGACUCAAUGUCACUUACGUCAAUUAUCCACGACCCAAUACGAACAAUGACCAGGUAGAAGAAACGUAGACUCAAAUUGUUUUAGUUAGUUUGUUUCAAUUUUGUGAUAAGAUAUUUAAAGAAGAUGAAAAGUGAUAGUAUAGGAUAAUUGUUGAAUGCUUCUUUUAGAAUGAGCUGUUAAUUUUUGGAAUGAAUUGACAAGUCUAAUGGAAGAUAGUGAGAAAAGUAGCCAAUGGAAUGUGGGUAAAGACCAUUCACUAUUUACCAAGCAUUUUUUUCUCACUGAAUAUCGCCUUAUUUAGAGGUAGAACAGAAGAAAUUAAUGUGGUAUGCAGACCACAACAUGUCCUUGCGUGCUUCCGAAACGCCUUAUUUCUUAUACGUUCUUCAGCUAAGAUCUUCAAUCGUGAUUUGAGUGAAAGUGUGAUAAAUCAGUAUUUUCAUGGGGAAAUUUGGCGACACCUGAAUGGUAUUAAAAAAUAUACGUACAACGAUUCAUUGAAAUUACUGUCAGUUAUAGUGUGUUCAGUUAAAUGUUCAACUUUCUGUGCCUUUGUAUUCUCUUAUAAAGAGACAUUUUUACUGUUAAAAAUCUUUUGUACUUUUUGUAUUAUAAAAACUAAAGAGAAAUUUUUUUAAAAAUUUUUUCCAAUAAACUGUACAAUUUUAUUCACAUUCAUAUUAAACAACAAAAAUGCUUCAUCAUCAAACAAACACAUAAGGAUACCAUUAUUUUAUUUUACAACUGGUGUAAAUUUUGAGUUUAAGGCAAUGUUCCCAACACCAAGAGGGAUUCCAACCCAUGAUCCAUCUACCUCUGAGGGUAUUUUACGUCAGCAAUGUGGUCGGUGCGAGCUGGGAGCAGAAUUCAAAUUGACCAUCUAUAAUUGGGAUUUAAAGUAAAGCUGUGUGAUUUCAUAGGGAAGUGAGUGUAAAUGAUACUAUUUUUUUUUUUAUAACAGUCACUGAACGGCCCAUCCAAUUUUGAGUUCACGACUAACAAUGUUCAACUUGGUAGCCUUGUAAUAUUGAACCCGAUUCAAAAGACAAAGAAACUCCUAGAUCAAGUAUUGGGUGAAAUAUGCUUUUGUGGAGAACUUUUUGAUGAAUUUCACACGCAUUCGGGUUACACGGAAAGGAGAAUCACGAAACCUCUCAUGCUUCGCCUGACGGCAAUGAGACUCUAACCCGUGGUCCGUCUACCACUAAAGAUAUUUUUCAUCAGCGAGACGGGUGGCAUGUAAACUACUUUUACAUCUACAGUAUCCCCAAAAGAUUUUGAGCUCUCUGAUUGGAUUUCUCGGCAUUGCCUUCUGUUACAUCUUUUUGUAGCUUCUCCCCAAUAUCAUUUCUCCGUAGUUUGUUCACAAAAUGUAAAUCAAUCAUAAAUCAGUUCCAGUAUAUUUCUUAUGCUAAUUUUAAGACAAAUGUUAAAAGUUUUGUACAAAAUAUAAAAUAGGGUUAUCAAUGAUCUUUCAAGGUGCGCAGCAAAAUAUUUCAACAAAAAAUAAGCACAUUUUAAGUACUUUCCAAGCACUCAGAAAAUAUUUUUAAGCACUAUAUACAUUAACAAAAUGCAACAUAAUUUUCAAAGACUUAACAGCAUCAAGAUAAAAUAACUAGUUUCUGACAAAACACUAUUUUCUUGAUUAUAUUGGCCACUAUAAAAAGAUUGAGAGAUUUUUCGGUUUGAUUUCAGUGGGUGGAAAAUGAAAACUGAAAUUGAGAAUAUUUUGCAAAAUGCAGCAGAAUUGCACAUAAGAGUGCUAAAAUCUCACCGACUUCUGCUCAGAAGACGCACAUGCGGACCCACAAGUAUUUCAUCAAACAUGUAAAAUGAUUAGCGUUUUUAUACGCUAUGGACCGACGGUAGGCCAAAAUGGAUUGUGGUUGAAUGAAUUGUGAAAAGCAUGAUUUUGUAUCAUAGUUUGCAAAAAUCAACAGGGUGAAGAAAAAAAUCACAAUGCAAAAAGGGAAAACUAAGCAUUUUUUAAAAGCGUUAUGCACCAUGUCUUUUAUAAUAACCCAUUUAUUCAAAUCUAAUUAGCUUUAAGUUAUAUUCUUCAUUUGCUUUAAAAAAAAUUUCAUACGUUUCAGUGUAAUAUUUUUUAAUGUUACGAAUUUCAGGUAAAUGCAAGGUAAACAACCAUGUUUUGGUAAAACAUCAAAUUAGUACAAUAAUAAUUAUUAAACAUAAAUUAAAGCAUUAUUAGCUAGCUUUUAUAUAAUAAAUAUAGUAAGGAUUAAUAUUUAAAAUGAAUAAAUAGUAUUAUCUCCUUAUGCACUUUUGAAAUCUCUUACUUUUAAUUUAUUAAGUAUGAACCCAUUCAGUUUGAAUUCAUUAUAUAUGAGAUUUUAAAAUGUAUGUAAAUAUUAUUGUAAUUGUAUGUAAAUAUAUAUUGUGAUUACUUGAAAAAGAUUUUAUCAUAUCUUAGGGGAAAAUAUUAUUUUAUUAAAGAAUCUGAUUUCCUUGUUGUUCAACUUCA